CUUUUCUUCCACGCCUCCCCUCCCACGCCUUCUUCCAAUCUUCCUCCUCCGGUUCCCCACCCAACCAAACCCUAGACCAACAAAGUCCCCGCACCCCACGCAGAUCCCAGCCCCGCCGACAGCCCCGAGCCCUAGAUCCACCGAUCGAACGCCCGCCGGACCCGAUGAGCUCGUCGUCUCCGCCGGCGGCGGCGGAGGAGGUGCCGAUGGCGCCGGGCUUCCGCUUCCACCCGACGGACGAGGAGCUCGUCUCCUACUACCUGCGCCGCAGGGUCCUCGGCCGCCGCCUCCGGAUCGACGCCAUCGCCGAGGUCGACCUCUACCGGCUCGAGCCCUGGGACCUGCCGCCGCUCUCGCGCAUCCGCAGCCGCGACGCGCAGUGGUACUUCUUCGCGCGCCUCGACCGCAAGGUGGCCGGCGCCGGCGCCGGCGGCCGCGGGGGCCCCGGCAACCGCACCAACCGCGCCACCCCGCGCGGCUACUGGAAGACCACCGGCAAGGACCGCGAGGUCUUCCACCGCGGCCGCGCCGUCGGCAUGAAGAAGACCCUCGUCUUCCACGCCGGCCGCGCCCCCAAGGGCGACCGCACCNNNNAUAUUAUGAUGUUUAUUCUCCUUCUGGGUGCGCAGGAUAUGCAUGUGGUGUGUAGAAUCUUCCAGAAGGUUGGAUCUGGGCCUCAGAAUGGAGCACAGUAUGGUGCACCAUACAUGGAGGAGGAAUGGGAAGACGAGGAUGAUGCAAUUGAGAAUACACCUACCAGUGGUACAUCCACUGAAAUGCUUGCGAUCACGGAUGCUGCUAGUGCGGAAUCGAAUGUGGAAGAUGAGCACAUAUUUUCUGGAAUUAAUGAGUUUGUGCAAACCCCAGAAGUGCUCAUCCCACAAGAAAUUGCUCCUCUCCAAGCAAUUGCUCCUCUCCAAGUUCAAGAUUUUAAUGAGACUGGCAUGGGCAGCUAUGCUGACGGUGAUGUUCCUCUGAACGAGAUUCUGCAGGAGCCUGUGUCAGAUGUCAGUGUUGACAAUACAGGUGAACCUGAAGAGCAGAGUCCCCUUGAUGAUCACUUCAGUCUUGCGGAUUUGUCUGGAUGCCAUAAUCAAGAUGAUGGAUAUGUACGUCAGGCUGGCCAUACCAUGUGGAGUGACCCUUCAAUUGGUGAUCAGGCAUCUUAUCCUAUGAGAACUUAUGGUAAUCGAAACCAUGCCAAUAGGACUCUUAGUGAUGAGGAGUUCUUUGACAUGGGAAAUGAUGCCAAUGCGUAUUCAGGACAGCAGCAAGCUUGUCCUUCAGAUGACCAGAACUUGUAUUCAGGACUGCAGCAAGCCUGUCCUUCGGAUGAGCAGAACUUGUAUUUGCAACCCAAUGGUCUGCCAUUUCCACAGCAAUUGGAUGACAACGCGCCGUUUUAUGAGACAUCAAGCGAUCACAAAUGGGAAGUUGGAAAGGAUGGUUAUGUAAAUGUGGAUGACAUUUCUCUCUUUGAGGAUGAUGAUAUCAUGGCUCUCUUAAAUGCCUCAGAUGACGAUUUCAGUUCAAAUCUUUUGGGCCCAGUUGACGGCUCUAAUUCUCAACUUCCAGCAGCAUCGAACUUUGACCAGAAGGAUGAAGCAAAGGCUCAAUAUGGCGCGUCUUCGUCUGGUUCCCAUGAGAACCUUUAUCCAGACACCAUGGUUCCAGAUGUGCCAAUGGAUGACAAUGCUGGCAAAAGAUACUUCACAAACAUGCUGGGUUCAUACCCAGCCCCACCUGCAAUGGCUUCGGAAUUCCCGCCAACCACAGGAAAAUCCAUCGCCGCGCUCAGCGGGCCUAGUCAGAUUCGUGUCACAGCGGGCAUCGUCCAGCUCGGUGACCACGCCGAUAACUCGGACCACUGGCCCCUGCAGAAGAAUGGAGUCUUCAAUCUGCUCCUUUCUUUCACGGUGGAGAGCAACGUGUCUACGAAGUCCAUUACUUUUGACGACGAGCCAGCCACCACACGGGUGAGCACCGUGCCGACGGUGCUGCGCGGCGGCCUGUACCUCUUCUUUGUCUCGGCCAUGAUCCUCAUGUUGAGUUUCAAAGUAGGGUCCUGCAUCUACAGCAGGUAAGUUAAGGGCCCGCCCCCGGGGCCGUUCUUAUUCUGGUUUAGCGGAACCAUACAUGGCUGUGCCCCCUCGACGACGGCGUGGGAGCAAACGACUCGAAGACAGUUUUACUUUUACGCACUUAGUUUGUCAAUGUCAUACGAUCCUGACUUGGUGAGAGGUAUAGUAAAAGCAAAUAAGCUCUCGAACUGGAGAAAGCCCCGGUCGCUUUGCACGCGCUCGGUGCUGGGACCUUUGUGCUUCAUCCUAGGACCUGUAAUUUAUUCUGUUUAUUUGGUCGCUGCUCAGAGUGUUUGGAAACCCGAACGAUUGUAACAUUGAUUAUAAACCAUGGUACCUCUUGGUUGUUUGGCGUGUUGAUUUUC